AUGUCUGUGGAAGACGGAAGUGGAGAGAGCGAGCCGAGACAUUACUGUCAGCUCAACCCGACAGUCCCUGUCCUGCGGCGCUACUUCAGCGGUGAGGACACAAGGCCCGACUUCCGCCUUAGUAGGGCCUCAAUACAACUCCUUUUGCAGACCACAGGCUCACACAGGCAUCAUGGGUGGGGGGCAGAGCUGGAGACUCUUGUGCUCCUCUUCUGGCUGGCCUCAGGGGCAUCUUACAGGGUCGUGGCAAGGGUGUUUGACAUGCCCCUCUCCACUGUCCACCGCAUUGUCCAUCGUGCGAUGGAUGAUGUGAUGGCUGUGCGGUGCCUGUUCAUCCACCUGCCACGAACCCUGGAGGAGGUAGGUGCUCUUGGGGAGGGCUUUGCCCAUCUGGCAGGGCACCAAGUCUUCUCUAAGGCUGCUGGAGCCAUUGAUGGCUCCCACAUUAGGGUGCAAUGUCCUGGGGCCGCUGAUGGCCAGGACUAUAAAAACAGGAAAUUGUUCUCAUCCGUGGUCCUACAGGCAGUGUGUGACCACACGGGACGAUUUCUAGAUAUUUUUGUUGGUUGCCCAGGGAGUGUUCAUGACUCUCGGAUUCUGAAGAAUAGCCCCAUAUCUGUCAAGAGGUCUUACCCCCCUCCGGGGUAUUUCAUCUUGGCAGAUGGUGGCUAUCCUUGCCAAACAGAACCUGUGGCGCUUAUUACACCGUAUAAGCAGCCAGUGAGAGGCGUGGCAGAGCAACGGUUUAACGCUCAUCAUUCCCGGGGCCGCAUCAUCAUUGAGCGUGCCUUCGGGAUGAUGAAGUCCCGCUUCAGGUGCAUCUUCCAAGAUACACUUGAAGUACAUGUUGACUCUGCCUCCAAGGUCAUCUCAGUGUGUGCAGUUCUCCAUAACAUCUGUCUAAGGGUGGGUGACAUCGAGCAGGUUGAGGUGCACCCCCCACGGGAUAAUGUGGGUGGCGGAGCAGACGAAGAUACACCGAGUGGCAGAGAAUGGAGGGAGGCCCUCACCAACGCCCUUAAUCCUCUGCUACAGCUGCCCGUCGACCAUGAUUACAUUCUGCCGGGCUAA